AAUUACGUUUUUGCUGUGUCCCUCAACUUUCCCCCCUUCUUUCAUCUUCACAACUAGAAACCAGAUGGCUCAACAAACAAAGAACAAGAAGAUAAACAUCAUCAGCUAUGGAGGUGUAACCAAGUCAUGGAGAGCAGCGGCAAAGCAGUGCAAUCCAAAUGCAGCUCUGCCGUGGCUUCAGCUCUCUGACGAUCACUUUCAUGUUCCUCGCACUUAUGAUGAUGUAACUCAACCAGCUGACCAAUUCAACAUAUCUUUUCGUCAAGGGUACACUUACUCGCCUUGCAGAUGGCCAUCUCAAGGCCCCUGGAAGUAUUUCCUUGGCUACUCACACAAUGAAUUGGUGACUAGGGGAACUUCAGAUUGUAUCUAUCUUUGGCAUCCAGUUCAUGGAAUUUGCUAUUAUCGUCUCCCAGAUUGGGAUCCCAAAGUUCCGUUUAUGCGGAUUGUAAUAUCUUCUUUGAGUGAAGAUUAUUCCACUAGGCAUUGUACCGUGAUGGUGUUGACAGGAACUAGUCAUCCAGCAUUUGUGUACUACAGGUUGAGAGGAAAAGGAGAGGUGCCAGGAUGGGUGAAGCAAGACUGCACUCUGACUGAUCCCAAUUGCCAGAACAGAUCAGGAGGUGGGAAAUUUCUGCAAUUCAUUAAUGCUAUUGGAUUCAAAGGAAGGUUCUAUGCUUUGAGUCUGCAAGGGACAGUUGCUGAGAUCAUUGUUGUUGGUGAUUUUAAUCUGAGAAUCAGAGCUCUCAGUUUCAAAAGGGCUGUUCCCAGUGUGUUCUCAAAGCAUUUCACUGAAUAUUUGGUCGAAUCUGAUGGCAGGAUUUUGUUGGUCUUUCUUAUAUCUAGAAAAACAACAAAUGUUUUGGAUGAUGUAGAAGUAUUCUGGCUUAAUAUUGAAAAUCUCUCAUGGGAGAAGAUGAGGACUCUUGAGGAGAGUACAUUGUUUCUAGGGACUAAUUGUUGCAUGUCAGUCUCUGCAAGCAAGGCAAGAUGCAGAAGAAACUGUGUCUAUUUUUAUAUUAACACAGAUGAUGGUUGGUGGGAAUUUGACAUGGAGAAGGGAAGCAUAUCACCUACUUGGAGGAAUGCUAUGCCUAGAACAGAGUUCGCUGUUGGAUUGGGCCAGUUCCUGAAGAAUGAAUGUCAAUCUCAAAGCUCUGUAUGCAAAAACAAUAGUGUAAAAAUUUUAAGUGAAGAUUAGUCUGUGCUCACUUCAAUUAUCAUCUUUCUAAAAUGAGAUGCAGAAGAUUUGUUGUAAACAAUGAGGAAUUUGUUUCAAUUUUCAUAACAAUGAAAUGGCAGAAAUAGU